UCGACUGUGCAAGCUAUGGUUAUUGUUCUAAUAAUUAAAAAAAUGAGGUAUAGGUGAUGUUCGGUCAUGGUGGAAGGAGAGGUGGAGCUACGGGAGAGAUGAGCUGAUUUUUCGCAGGGUGAGGGUGACAUAUCGGUUGGACGAGUGUGACGAUUACGAAGGCAGUUGAACAUGAUAAUUUUCAAAGUAACAGAGGAGAUGAUACGGAAACGUUCGGAGCACAACAACCUGGAGAUCUUCACCCUGGAAGAGGUGUCUUUACACCAGCAGGACAUCACACACAUUGAACUGUUGGACAAGAUGUGCCGGGACCUGAAAAUCCUGUACCUUCAAAGCAAUCUAAUCGGAAAGAUUGAGAAUGUACAACGACUAAAGAAACUCGAGUACCUCAACUUGGCCUUGAACAACGUCAAGCUGAUAGAAAACUUGGCAGGAUGUGAAUCACUCAACAAGCUCGACUUGACUGUCAAUUUCAUCUCUGAGCUGACUUGUGUGGAAAGCCUCAAAGACAACUACAACUUGAGAGAACUGUUUCUGACAGGCAAUCCAUGCAGUCGGUUUGAAGGCUAUCGCCAGUUUGUCAUUGCUACAUUGCCACAGUUAAAGACAUUAGAUGGACAAGAUGUGGAGAUUUCCGAGAGAAUCCAAGCGCAACAGGAGAUGGCACUGGGAUUGCGUGAGCGAAUAGUGGAGCUGCAGACUGAGUGUGCUGAGCAGCAGGCUGAGGACGAAGAUGAUGAAGAUGACGAGGAGGAUGAAGAGCUGCUACCUGGUGAAACGGAAGCGGACAAAGAAAAGCGGUAUUGGGAGAAGAAGACGGCUUACACGCCCAAGUCGCGUAUUGCAACACAGGCUCACCUGCGGAAAACACACGCCGACAAAGACAACCCCGAAAAGGACAAGAAGAGGAAAGUGACUACACGCGUGUUUGAGAGAGGCGGACGGAUGCUGAACAUAAACGAUGGAAAGUAUGACUUCUCAGUGGACGACUCGACGGAACCGGAUAAAGUCAUUCUUGACCUAGUGUUGCCAAGGUUUAUGGACUUGUCACUGAUUGACUGUGACAUCCAGCCAACAUAUGUACGCGUUACAGCCAAGGAGAAGGUCUUCCAGCUGGUCCUCCAGGAAGAAAUCCAACCAGACAAGAGCGAUGCCAAACGCUCCAAGGUCACGGGACACCUCGUCCUUACAAUGCCCAAGGUACGGCCGGUACUAAAAAUGAGUUCACAACGGACAGCAGUAGCGGCGGCGGCAGCCAAGUCCAAACGACAGGCAGAUAGCACAGGCCAGACACCACCUCAAAUCCAACGCCUGGAAGUUGAUACAAGUAAGCGCGUAGACAUUGCCAACAUUGUCAGCGAAAGGCAGCUCGCCAACAGUAACACAUCCACAAAGUUGACGCAGCGGCCUGCAAGGAAACCCCUCCUACAGGACCUGACAACCAGAAGUGGAAUCACAGAAAUUGAGGAUGACAACACUACAAUGGCUGAUCACCAAGACGUCAGCAGCAAAGGAGAUGGCCGCGCCAGUGGAGGCAGUGACGAUAGCGAUUUUGAGGAUGACCCCGAUGUGCCACCAUUGAUGUAACACCAAUGAAUGCUUCUCCACAGGAACUGCAUGCACAUGUACAUGUACAAUACAUGCAUGUACUGUAAGGAUCACCAACACGUUCAGCAGCUCCUGGCUCAUAAGUACGGCAACAGUAUGACAUCACCCAAUAGAUACAAUGGGAAUAUGACAUCAUCGUGAUUACCCAGUGGAUACAAUGGGACCUUGAGAAGCCAGCGCUGCUCUGACACACAGUGCUGACACUUAUUGACAAUGAGAGUUUUUUUCAGACAUCACAUAUUAAACAAAAUAUACAGA